AUGGCUCCUUCUAUCGAUCAAAGCAAGGCUCAGCCUACAGUAUCAGUCAUCGACACAGACAGCGCCACCACGAUUGAGACAUCAGUCGCCGACCUCAGCCUCUUCGAACAAUUACCAAAAUCAACCCAGGAUCAACUUGAAGAUGCUGCUCUGGAGCUCUCUGACAAGAUGAACUGCAAGAUCUUCAGACAAGAAGUUAGCCCUACAGAUCUCAUUCCAACCAGCAUGGCUCUGGCUCGAAUGUCAAGCCUGUUGUGUAUGAUCGCGCAAGAGCCCACCGCUGCAGAUAUCACCGACGAAUUUCGAGAGGAACACCUCAGAGAAGCCAAGCGGAAGUCCGACGAGAGCCAGGUCCUCGGUGAGCAAGGCAAGCGACCGAAGGGAAUCACUCUAGCAUCGAAAAUGUUGUCGAAGAAUGAAAAGGCUGGUCCGUACAAGGUGGAGUGCCGUUGUGCUAUGGCGCAGUGGUUCCGAGUUCUUGAUCAGGACAUUUAUGCUCUCUUCCCAGCGGCUAGGGAGAAGGAAGUCUUAUCGCCUGAAAUGCAGGCGGCGAUUGUGGCGCGAGUGACGACUGAGGUGGAGAAAGCGAACUCGGUGCUAGAGCUGUGGAUGGCGGCUCCAAAAGAGAGGGAGAAGCGGAAAAAUAGCAGUCCCUUCUCGUCCUCGUGGAAGUCCAGUCUUCCUGUGAGAAGUAGUAAGGCUUUUAUCAAGGAGGUCUUGGAGAAGACGGCCAAGCGAUGGAGAUUGAUUGGAAGAGCUCCGAGGAGAGAAUGUGCAGAUGCUUGGCAGUUUUACAACCUUGACAGAGAGAUCGAUCAUCUUUCCACUCGUUUCCGCUUCAAAGCGAAGUUGUAUCCAACAAUGACUGUGCCGAGCACCACAGGAAUGCCCACGAUGUACUUGACCACAGUGCGGGCUUGGGUGCGGUGUUCCUCGGACAUGGCUCUGCCAUUUCGAAUAGCUUCCAUGCCAGGACGUGUGGCGCUGAGCUCAGAUAUGAGAUGUCCUAAUGAUGGGCCAGAUAGCGAGACUUUAUGCUGUGCUCCACCCAUAGUUGUCUCGUCAAUAAUCUUCUUACGCCUAGGCGGCUUCGUGGUUGUCGAUGCAGUUCGGGCAACUAAUGCUGUGGCACCACGAGCUGUCGAUCUUCGCAAAGCAUACGGAAGCAUUGUCACUGACAGAACAAGAGAGAGAGAGGAGAUAGUGUGUGAAAGUCACCAGGUCGGGUCUGUGCUGAAAACCUUCUCCUUCCACGCUUCAUGUCACCACACCAACUUCAUCAGCAUCAGCAUCAGCAAUCAUACAUCGAUACAAGCCUGA